GUUGUAGAAGUAUAGGCGGCAGCACAAUACCACAAUGGCUGACAGUGUAGUGUUAAAUCGGCAAAGUUACUGCAAAAUUUUACUUCAUGUCUUUAAAUACCCACAUUGUGCGUUGAAUGGGUUACUAUUGGCACAGAAGCAAAAAGGCAAAGAAAGUAAACCACCGCACAUUGUGGAUACUGUGCCUUUGUUUCAUUUAAAUAUAGGUCUAACGCCAAUGAUGGAAGUUGCUCUGUCACAGGUAGAUGCCUACUGCAGAGCUAAAAACCUUGUCAUAGCCGGCUACUACCAAGCUAACGAAAGCUUCACUGCCAAUAGUCCAGACCUGGUCUCGUGCCGAGUGACAGAGAAAAUAGCUGAACACUUUGGUGAUGCAGUAUUGCUAAUGGUUGAGAAUGACAAGCUCAAGUCAGAAGUAGAGAAUGCAGCCUUUACUGUGUAUUCAGUACACGAUGGAAAGGCAAAGAAGAGGGAUGUGCACAAGGUGCAGGUGCAGGGCGCUGGCACGGCAGCAGCGAUCACGGCGACCCUGCUCGCCACCAAGCAGCACUGGCAGCUCGUCGACUUCGACAAUCACCUCGAUGACGUCAGCCUCGACUGGACGAACGCCGACGUGUGCGAGAAGAUACGCUGCGCCUUGUGAUCGGCGACCGGUCGCGCGCCGAGGCUGCUGAGGCGGGGGGGGGGCGUCGCAGGAGAGAGAGAGAGAGAGAGAGAGAGACGGAGGAAGGGGUUUUACAGAAAAGUCGCAGCACGGGAGGAGGGAAAGGAGUUACACCGAAGCAUCGCAGCGUGGUAGAAUGAGGGAGGGGUUACACGGAAGCAUCACCGUGCAUGAGUAGGGCGAGGGGUUUUACGGAACAUUCGCAGCGUGGGAGGGGGUGGGGUCGGGUUACACGACAGGGUGGAUGAGAGGGCGGUACACCCGGAAUGAUCAAUCACUGAUCAAUAAUUGAUCCAGCAUUGCUAUCGGAACAAAAUAUCAGCUCGGCCUAGACUGAUUCUGUACGCCGUUUUCGGAAACAAGCUUUUGGCCUGGUGGGCGUAACGCGGACGUACGUUUCGAGCCAGUCUAGGUGGAGAAUAGUUCGUCGAUCCUAUUUCGGUUGCCGGUAUCGUUGUAAGGAAGACUCGCUAUAGACUGACUCCAUGAGUCGUUGAGAAUCAACUUGGGCGGCAGACAGCGACUUCUGGAGCCAGUCUAGAAGAGGUGCGUAGAACGGUCGUGGUUUGAGUGCGCGCGACGCGCGUGUUGUAUUGUGUUGUGUCGCGCGUGGCACGUCGCGUGUGUCGCCUCGGCCGUGGUGACAACGCCGGGGUGACGGCUUGCUCCGUUGUUUGUGUCGAUAUCCCACGUGCUUCAUGUGCGCGUGUAGGUUUUUUAAUCUUCUUUUCAAAUGCGCAACUGCUGUGUUAUCAAACAUGACACGCGCACAUAGAGAGGGAGUGAGAGCGAGAGAGAUAAGAGAGGACUGAGAAAGCUAGAGAGAGAGAGAGUGUGUGUGUAUAAAAGAGCGCGCGAAGGAGAGAGUGAGAGCGAGAGAGAGAAAGAGAGAAUAUGUAAGAGAUCAAGGUUGAGCCAGCGAGAUACAAAGGCAGACAGAGAGAAUUGGGGUGGGGGGAGGCAAGAGAGCGAGAGUGGGGAGAGUGAGAGUGAGAGUGAGAGAACGCGCGUAUUUAAAUUAAAUAUGAAGGCACUUAGUAAAAUAAGUAAAUGAAAGGUUUUGCGUCUUCGCUUGGCGUAGGAAAAAGAAGUACAUUUCGAGUCAAUGCUAGUACAGUACCUGUUCAACACCGUCGUGCGAUCGCUUCUUGUAAAAUUAUAUCGCGUUGAAGAGUUGGCUGGAAGCUCUUCUCUACACGCGUACGUAGGGAAAUUUGUUGAUUUGCUAAAAGCACCUGUCAAUGAUGAUUUUGCAAAUUAGGGUGUUGCAGGCGGCAGCAUUAUAUUAGUCUCCUGGCGCAAUGGAAAAACAAAAAACCUUUUAGAGCUUCGGGCCAUCGAUUCGGCAGCCGACGGCGUUUUCGAAGACUUUUCUGAAUUGCUGUCACCGAGUUUCUGAAAUCUGCAAUGCAUGUAUGUGCUGUCUAAUGUUCAUUCAAUGUCAUUGUCACUUCGUAGUAAGUAUUCGUAAAGUCGUGUAACAAUGACAGUACAUGUAUGUAUAUAUCGCCGAGUUUCACCCGCACGCGUCCGUCAAUGUGUCACCUCAAUACAGAUCUGGGCGUCGUCAUGUGCUGUGUAUAUAUGUAUGCAGUUCAUUCUGCCCGAAUACACGAUAGAUGCGUCGCUGGAAAUCAGAUUGUUGGCUGAAAUCGCGUAUCCAAUUUUCCUGUUUAAAUACAUGUAGUGUGAUUGGAAAGCGUUUCUGAAGGCGGCGAGACAGAUAAAGAGUGAAGUAAUGAAGUGUCGUAACCGCCCUGAAUGGUGAAAAAUAUAAUAAAAUGCGGCAGUAACGUAGUAUUAUUUACCUUGAA